CCUCCCUCUUCCGUCUCUCCAUUCUUCUCUUGCUUUUGCCGACCAGAAGCAUCGAGGCAUCCGGGUCAUCUUCACCCCCCCCCCCCCGAUCCCUCUCCACCACCUCCGGGCACCAUCCGCGCGCGCGCACUGUUGUCGAGCAAGGCAAGCAGGCCGGCCUUGCGAGCCCCAGCGGCGGCGCUUAUUGAUCGCGCGCUGAUCAGCAGGUGACGCACCGGCCGGCGAGACCACCCAGCGCGCGCGCGAGAGAGAGAGUGGGACGGCAGCGAUGGCGGCGGGGCUGCCGCCGGCCUCCGAGCGGCGGCUUGCGGCGGUGCUGCUGCUGCUUCUCGGGGUGACCGCGGCGGCGGCUUCAGCCGGCGAGCGGCGGGGCCUGGCGGCGCGGGUGGAGGGCCCGGCGGCGCGGCGCCGCCACGCGUACGCCGCGAUGAUGUACAUGGGCACGCCGCGGGACUACGAGUUCUACGUCGCCGUGCGGGUGAUGAUGCGCUCCCUCACCAGGGUCCGCGCCGACGCCGACCGCGUCCUCAUCGCCUCCGCCGACGUGCCGCGCGACUGGGUCCGCGCAAUGACAGAGGAGGAUGGUGUGAGGGUGGUGAUAGUGGAGAACCUCAGGAAUCCUUAUGCGAGCAGUCUAGGAGGGAUCAACAGGAGGUUCAAGCUGACGCUGAACAAGCUUUACGCGUGGACCCUGGUUGACUACGAGCGUGUCGUCAUGAUUGAUUCCGACAACAUCUUCCUCCAGAACACCGACGAGCUGUUCCAGUGUGGGCAGUUCUGCGCUGUUUUCAUCAACCCGUGCUACUUCCACACUGGUCUUUUCGUGCUCCAGCCUUCUAUGGAUGUAUUCAAGGGCAUGCUUCAUGACCUGGAGAUUGGCCGUGAAAACUCUGAUGGUGCUGACCAAGGCUUUCUGGUUGGGUGCUACCCAGACUUGCUCGACAAACCAAUGUUUCACCCUCCUGAGAAUGGCACAAAGCUCAACGGGACCUAUCGCCUUCCUCUCGGCUAUCAAAUGGAUGCAUCCUACUACUAUCUCAAGCUGCAUUGGCAUGUCCCGUGUGGGCCAAACAGUGUGAUCACAUUUCCCAGCGCCCCUUGGUUCAAACCUUGGUACUGGUGGUCCUGGCCAAUCUUGCCACUGGGACUUUCCUGGCACAAGCAGCGCUGGGAUGAUCUCGGGUAUGCUGCUGAAAUGCCAGUAAUUCUGAUGGAAGUUUUAAUGUACAUAGUGAUCAUAACAAUCACUAGAUUGGCAAGGCCAGGGAUGACAAAACUGUGUUAUAACCGGCGACCUGAGAAGCAAAAUGCCCUGGUGCAGUGGCUGAUCAAGAUGACUGUGAUUGUGGCUAUGGUGGCUGCAUAUUCCAUUCCUUUCUUUGUGAUCCCACGCACCGUUCAUCCCAUCAUGGGCUGGUCCAUCUACCUAUUUGGCGCACUAGCCCUUUCAGUGCUCGUGAUCAAUGUUUUUCUGCUGCCACCACUUGCCGUGCUUACGACCUGGCUUGCGAUUGUUGGUAUGCUCUUUGUUAUGGCAUUCCCAUGGUAUCGUGAUGGUGUUGUGAGGGUUCUGGCAAUCUUUGGGUACGCGUUCUGCUCUGCACCUUUCUUGUGGACAUCCCUGGUGAGGAUGAUGGACUCACUGCAGACGAUGCUUGAGAGGGAUCCAUUCUUCCCUCGGCUUGGUGAACCGACGCAGGAUACUGAAUUCAGCAAGCUUUACUGAUUCUAUUUUGCACCGAUUUGAGAUGCUUCAUCAACACUUGGACAACUGAUCUGGAUCGGCUAAUUCUUGAUUCAUUCUGACGGUUUCGCUCAGGCAUUCUGCUGUGUUGAUACUUAUGUACAAACAUAGCCUGCAGCAACCACGAUUGAUACAGAUACAGGAAAGAUAGGUCAGCUGUACUGAAUUGGAAAAAAGAACAUAUUUGCUGCAUGGAAUCGGUGUGGGGAUUGUUGCAAAGUACCUUUGUGUCUUGCCAACUUGGAUGAUCCGAACUAUGACUGAACAUAUUUUUUGCAGUCUCUGAUGGAAACUGUGUAAAUAUGCUACCUCAUAAAGUGGCAGGCUACUGAUAUAUAAGAAAUUUGCAUGACUGAUCUAUAAAUCAUAAACAAAUGUAUUAGAAAGAAAAAGGCUAGGUAGGAAAUCCAGAAAAAAAAAAGAUAGCAAAAGGAACUUCCUGAAGAUAGCUAAUCAAAGUACAGAACUGUUUAGACUUCUAAAUUCAGUUAAAGGUGAGCAUAGAAAUGAGCAGAAUCUUAAGAUGUUAAUAACCUGUAACAAAGAGCAAUUUCUGUUGUACUAGAUCAGUUGUACCUACCUUCCAAA